CAGUAUCCAAAACGUCAUGCAGAACCCUUCGCUAGAGCGCACGUUCCGCGGCCACAAGUCGGCGGUCACGGGUGUGAGCUUCCACCCGAGUGUACAGCAGGUGGCUUCGUCCUCACUAGACGGUCUGGUGAUGGUGUGGAACUUCAAGCCGCAGCUGCGCGCUUUCCGCUUCAAAGGCCACGCGGGGCCUGUACACGCCGUCUGCUUCUCGCCUACCGGAGACGUGCUGGCUUCGGCCUCUCAAGAUCGCACCGUGCGGCUCUGGACGCCCACCGUACGUGGUGACUCGGUCACUAUCAAGGCCCACGCGGGAGCUGUGCGCAGUGUGAGCUUCUCGGCCUCCGGGCGCGAGCUAUUGACGGCAUCCGACGAUAUGUCGCUCAAGGUGUGGGCGCUACCGACACGCCGCUUCAAGUGUAGCCUCACCGGUCACAGCAAUUGGGUACGCAGUACCCAAUUUAGUCCAGAUGCGCGACGUAUUGCGUCUGGAAGUGACGACAAGACUGUCAAACUUUGGGACACAGAGACCAAGCGAUGUGUUCAUACGUUCUUUGAGCACUCUGGCAUCGUCAACAGUGUAACUUUCCAUCCUAGUGAUAACGGCAACACUUUAGCUUCGUGUAGCUAUGAUAAGAGUGUCAACCUGUGGGACACGAGAGCGGGACGUCUAGUGCACCAUUACAAGGCACACGAGGCCAGUGCGACGUGUGUGGCGUUCCAUCCGACAGGGAACUAUUUGUUGUCAACUUCACACGAUAAUUCAGUUAAAUUGUGGGAUGUGAGAGAGGGACAAGUGCUGUAUACGCUACAGGGACAUGAUGGAGCUGUGAAUUGCGCUGAGUUCUCGCAAGAUUGCAAAUUAUUGGCGUCAGGAGCAGUGGACUCGUGUGUUUUGGUGUGGGAAGCAGAUCUAGACAAAUGUUUGCAAAUAGAACGACCAAAUCUGAAGGUUGAGGCCACUUCGGUAGUGGAGGAACGACGCAAAAAUGCGACCAUGAAGACCAAAAAUGGUGACGAUGAAGCGAGAUCAGCGAAUGUACCAGCCAGUUCGCCCCCUCCGACGCCUACGUCUACAGUGCCGACACCACAGCAGAAGCCGCAACAUCCAUACGCGGCGUCUAAGUAUGAAGUACGACCGAUGAGUCCACAGGUGAGAUCUCCCGUAUCUCGUGAUGCGACUUCCGUGCCUCCGCCUCCACCUCUUGAGACGCCAAAGUCACCUGGAAGGGAGACGAGAUCUCCUACGAGUCAGAAUGGAACGCCUUCGAAUCGACGGUAUUCGAUGGACAACACGUUGCAGCACAUUGUAGGUCAGCUGGAGAUCAUCACACGAACACUAUCAGUGCUAGAGAAACGGAUCUCGAUCAAUGAAGACCGUAUUUGCGAGGUGGCUAGAGUACAGAAGGAGAUACUGGAGCGGCAGAGGCAGACUUCGCGGCGUGGCGAGGCUUGAGCUUAUUUAGUACCAGAGACAGACAACUACAGCAUUUAAAAAAGCAGUUGCAUGAAUGGAGUGCUAUUUGAAGUUAUCGGGUGCACUGGAUAUUCAGCUUUUUUUCACUCGAAAACCAUUCGCAACCUGAUCAGGAUCACUUGCAAAAUACCACAGACAAGCACUAAAGUUUUUCUCUUCGUCGCAGAAACUAUCACACUGGCAGUAUGCAAAAGGAAGUGUUUCGAGUGCCAUUAAUCGAUGCAGUCAUGAAUUUGGCACAAGAGUCUUGACAUUCGCGAAGUUUGAUGAUCUCAUUGUGCUAGCCUUGUCAAUGCAGAAGGAAAACAGAUUUCAUGGCUAUUGCAGAGCUUUAAUUAAAUGAAGCCUAUAAACCUUUACUAGUCUUCACGGCCAAGCCAAUAAUGUCAUACUGCGU